GUCCGCCUGGCUCCUCUGUCCAUGGGAUUCUCCAGGCAAGAAUACCGGAGUGGGUUGCCAUUCCGUUCACCAGGGGAUCUUCCCAACCCAGGCAUCGAACUCUUGUGUCUCCUGCAUUGGCCGGUGGGUUCUUUACCACUGCCACCCGGGAGCGCCGCGCUUUUGCCUCAUCCCUCAGGGCCCAGACUCGGUGACAACAGACAUCUGAGUGAAGGAGAGUAUGUGGGGGAGGUGAAGAUAUUUGCUCCUAAUGCUGAGCAGAUGCACAUCAUUAAUCACUUGAAAGAGAGCCCAGCAGAAGAGAGGAGAAAUGUGCUGGAGGAAAGUGCCAGGAGGGCCAGUGAGGAUGCACUAGACUUGGCAGACCUGAAGUUCAGCGAGCUCGGUGCUGUCGGCGUGCCUGCCAAAGAUGCAGAAGCUCUAUUCAGUCAGCAAAAAACAAGACUGGGAGCUGACUGUGGCUCAGAACAUGAACUCCUUAUUGAAAAAUUCAGACUUAAAUUGAAGAAAGUAGGGAAAACCACUAGACCAUUCAGGUAUGACCUAAAUCAAAUCCCUUAUGAUUUUACAGUGGAAGUGACAAAUAGAUUCAAGGGAUUAGAUCUGAUAGAGUGCUGAUGAACUAUGGAUGGAGGUUCGUGACAUUGUACAGGAGGCAGUGAUCAAGGCCAUUCCCAAGAAAAAGAAAUGCAAAAAGGCAAAAUGGUUGUCUGAGGAGACCCUACAAAUAGCUGAGGAAAGAAGAGAAGCGAAAGGCAAAGGAGAAAAGGAAAGAUAUAUCCACGUGGAUGCAGAGUUCCAAAGAACAGCAAGGAGAGAUAAGAAAGCCUUCCUCAGUGAUCAGUUGCAAAUAAAUAGAGGAAAACAACAGAAUGGGAAAGACUAGAGAUCUCUUCAAGAAAAUUAGAGAUACCAAGGGAACAUUUCAUGCAAGGAUGGGCACAAUAAAGGACAGAAAUGGUAUAGACCCAACAGAAGCAGAAGAUAUUAAGAAGAGGUGUCAAGAACGCACAGAAGAACUAUACAAAAAAAGAUCUUCAUGACCCAGAUAACCACAAUGGUGUGAUCAUGCACCUAGAGCCAGACAUCCUGGAAUGCAAAGUCAAGUGGGCCUUAGAAAGCAUCACUAUGAAAAAAGCUAGUGGAGGCGAUGGAAUUCCAGUUGAGCUAUUUCAAAUCCUAAAAGACGAUGCUGUGAAAGUGCUGCACUCAAUAUGCCAGCAAAUUUGGAAAACUCAGCAGUGGCCACAGGACUGGAAAAGGUCAGUUUUCAUUCCAAUCCCAAAGAAAGGCAAUGCCAAAGAAUUCUCAAACUACCUCACAUUGCACUCAUCUCACACACUAGUAAAGUAAUGCUCAAAAUUCUCCAAGCCAGGCUUCAACAGUACGUGAAUCGUGAACUUCCAGAUGUUCAAGCUUGAUUUAGAAAAGGCAGAGGAACUGGAGAUCUAAUUGCCAACAUCUGCUGGAUCAUCGAAAAAGCAAGAAAUUUCCAGAAAAACAUCUGCUUUAUUGACUACGCCAAAACCUUUGACUGUGUGGAUCAAAACAAACUGGAAAAUUCUGAAAGAGAUGGGGAUACCAGACCACCUUACCUGCUUCCUGAGAAAUCUGUAUGCAGGUCAGGAAGCAACAGUUAGAACUGAAUGUGAACAACAGACUGGUUCCAAAUUGGGAAAGGAGUACAUCAAGGCUGUACAUUGUCACCCUGCUUAUUUAACUUAUAUGCAGAGUACAUCAUGCAAAAUGCUGGGCUGGAUUAAGCACAAGCUGGAAUCAAUAUUGCUGGAAGAAAUAUCAAUAACUUCAGAUAUCCGGAUGACACCACCCUUAUGGCAGAAAGUGAAGAAGAAUUAAAGAGCCUCUUGAUGAAAGUGAAAGAGAGUGAAAAAGUUGGCUUAAAACUCAACAUUCAAGAAACUAAGAUCUUGGCAUCUGGCCCCAUCACUUCAUGGCAAAUAGAUGGGGAAACAAUGGAAACAGUGAGAGACUUUAUUUUUUUGGGCUGCAAAAUUACUGCAGGUGGUGACUGCAGCCAUGAAAUUAAAAGACGCUUGCUCCUUGGAAGAAAAGCUGAUUAACAUAGACAGCAUAUUAAAAAGCAGAGACAUUACUUUGCCAGUGAAGGUCCAUCUAGUCAAAGCUAUGGUUUUUUUCCUGUAGUCAUGUAUGGAUGUGAGUUGGAUCAUAAAGAAAGCUGAGCACCAAAGAAUUGAUGCUUUUGAGUUGUGGUGUUGGAGAAGACUCUUGAGAGUCCCUUAAACUGCAAGAUCAAACCAGUGAAUCGUAAAGGAAAUCAGUCCUGAAUAUUCACUGGAAGGACUGAUGUUGAAGCUGAAACUCCAAUACUUUGGCCACCUGAUGUGAAGAACUGACUCAUUGGAAAAGAUCCUGAUACUGGGAAAGAUUGAAGGCAGAGAAGGGGACAACAGAGGAUGAGAUGGUUGGAUGGCAUCAUUGACUCAAUGGACAUGAAUUUGAGCAAGCUCCCGGAGUUGGUGAUGGACAGGAAAGCCUGGCAUGCUGCAGCCCAUGGGGUUACAAAGAGUCGGACAUGACUGAGUGACUGAACUGAACUGAAGUGAGAUCAUAUGGCAUUUCUCUGUCUGGUUUAUUCAUUUAGCAUGAUGUCCUCUAAAUUCAUCCAUGUUGUUACAAAGAGCAGGACUUUCAUCUUUUUAUAUGACCCCGUCUUGUUAUGUGUGUGUGUGUGUAGUGUGUACAUACCCCAUCAGUUACAGUGCCAGAGAGUAAAAUGGUGGUUGCUGGGGGUUGGGGGCCUUUGGGAAGGUGGGGAGAUGCUGGUCAGACGGUACAGGUGUUCAGCUGAAAGAUGAAUAAUCUCUGGGGCUCUAAUGUAUGUCAUGUGGCUCGAGUUAACAAUACCAUAUUAUAUACUUGAAUUGUGCUAACAGCAUAGAUCUCAUGUUCUUACCACACACAUAAACGGUAAUUAUGUGAGGUGAUGGGUAUGUUGGUCACGGUAAUCAUUUCACAAUGCAUACUACCACAUACAGGGUACUUCAACGAGUCCCUUCCAGGUCAGCUGGGUCCUGUCAGUGAUUUCCCGUAUAAACGGCUUUGA